GUCGGGUCUACUAACCUAACCCGGUGGCCCGCGGGUCAGUUCACUCCGAUCUGGGAUCGCGGCCGCCAGGUCUCCGAAAGGUCAAAAAUCCGAAACCGUCGUCGUCUUCGUCUUCGUCGCCGUCGUCUCAAUUGUCGUCACAUUUCGCGCGUGGGAAUUAUAAUUGUUGUAGUAUUCGAUUUUAUUUGUUUUUUAAGUUUUCCCUUCCGGCAAAUAAUAAUCCGUAGAAAAAAAUCACACGGCACCAAGUUCGUCGUUCUCAUACGCGAAGUUUUUUUUUUUUUUUUUGUACAGUGCACGCAAACAUUUUUAUUUUCCUCAGACUUGUGUUUUUUUCGCCGGCGAACCGAUAGAAAAAAUUCCCGUUGACCCACGGAACGUUGUGCGCCGGUCGAUCGUCGGUACGCACGAGCCGGCACGUGCAGCACUGCCGCAAAGUCGGAACCCAGGCCCGACGGUUUCAGCGGAAGCUCAGGUCCACGCCGGCAAGCAACAUUAUUAUUCCGCAUAACGGCCUCGCGGUGUGUCGCGCGGCGGUAGGCGGACUAUGCACAGUGUCCGGAGGCGGCGGCCCCGGCAUGACCGGCCCCGGCGGCCCUAUCGGUGGUUCGGCCGCGCCGCCGUCGCUCCAGGGGCCGCCGCACGGCGUGCCACCGGACCCGUUGUCCGGCGGCGGUGGUGGUGGACACCAUCAUGAUCUCGGUGGGUUCACCCGAAGUAUGGCGUUGGUGACACCGGUGUGGCGCGACCCACCCGGCGGUGGCCACCACAUGGAAGAGCCCCAGCAGAGCACUACACCCGGCACGGCCAGCUCGCAGUCCAGCGGCACAUUGGUCACCCUCGGCGGACAGUGCGACAAGAACGGACAGCACGUCGAGUGCGUGGUGUGCGGUGACAAGAGCAGCGGCAAGCACUACGGACAGUUCACCUGCGAAGGCUGUAAAAGUUUUUUCAAGAGAAGCGUCCGUCGGAAUCUCACGUAUUCUUGUAGGGGCAGCCGGAACUGUCCUAUCGACCAACACCACCGGAACCAAUGUCAGUACUGUCGGCUGAAAAAGUGCCUGAAAAUGGGCAUGCGCAGAGAAGCCGUGCAGAGAGGUCGAGUUCCGGCCAGCCAGCCUCUCGGGCUCACGGCAGUACCCGGUCAGUUGUGCUUGACCAACGGUGACGCAGCUGCGGCCGCGGCGGCCGCUGUGGGUGCCGUCGGCCUGAACGGCCACUCGUACCUGUCGUCUUAUAUAUCGCUUCUGUUGCGUGCCGAACCGUACCCGACUUCCAGGUACGGCCAGUGCAUGCAACCCAACAACAUCAUGGGCAUAGACAACAUAUGCGAACUGGCCGCCAGGCUUUUGUUCAGCGCCGUCGAGUGGGCCCGGAACAUACCCUUCUUUCCCGACUUACAGGUGACCGACCAGGUGGCUCUGUUAAGGCUCGUUUGGAGUGAACUUUUUGUGCUGAACGCAUCCCAGUGUUCUAUGCCUCUACACGUAGCCCCUCUGUUGGCCGCCGCCGGGCUGCACGCGUCACCGAUGGCCGCGGACCGUGUGGUCGCCUUCAUGGACCACAUACGCAUAUUCCAGGAACAGGUGGAGAAACUCAAAGCCCUGCAUGUUGACGCAGCCGAGUACAGUUGCCUGAAAGCAAUCGUCCUGUUCACCACCGAUGCUUGCGGAUUGUCGGACGUGGCGCACAUUGAGUCGCUGCAGGAGAAGUCGCAGUGCGCCUUGGAGGAGUACUGCCGGACGCAGUAUCCCAACCAGCCAAUCCGGUUCGGCAAACUACUGCUCAGGCUACCGUCAUUACGCACGGUCAGUUCGCAAGUAAUCGAGCAACUGUUCUUCGUGCGGCUGGUGGGCAAGACACCCAUCGAGACGCUCAUCCGGGACAUGUUGUUGAGUGGCAGCAGCUUCAGCUGGCCGUACAUAAACUCCAUGUGACACUCCGUUUGGAGGCAGAUGACAGGGACGCCUGCCUCGUUGUGAUACCCCGCGCGCGCGUGCACUCUCUAACAUUCUGUUUGUCUUCGCACACUCACACACAGAAAAACACAUACAAACACACACACACACACACGCGCAUACACACACACGCAUACAUAAAAACACAC